UUUGCUUCAUUUUCUCAUCCUUCCUUGCACUUAAAACUACAAACAACAAAGGAGGGAAACACAAGCUUCCCCUCAUUUUUAAAAGAAAAAAAUGGGUGGUGGUGGACGAAUGUCGGAUCCCCCAAGCGGGAAGAAGACUGCAGCAGAAGCGCUUAAGCGAGCUCCUCAUGAGAAGCCUCCAUUCACUAUUGGAGACUUGAAGAAAGCCAUCCCAGCUCAUUGCUUCGAGAAGUCUCUGGUGACUUCUUUCCGAUACCUGAUUCAGGAUCUCCUCAUGGCCUAUGCUCUUUACUAUGUGGCCACCAACUACAUUGACCAGUAUCUUCCCAGCCCUCUUAAUUACGUGGCUUGGGCUGCUUAUAUUGCCGUUCAAGGCUGUGUCCUCACCGGGGCUUGGGUGGUUGGGCACGAGUGCGACCACGAUGCUUUCAGUAACUACAACUGGAUCAAUGACCUUGUUGGCCUCGUUGUCCACUCUUCUCUUUUGGUUCCCUAUUUCUCCUGGAAAAUUAGUCACCGUCGUCACCAUGCAAACACUCAGUCCCUUGAAAAUGACGAGGUUUAUGUCCCCAGAUUCAAGUCCAAUAUCCGUAACUAUUACAAGUUGCUUAACAACCCACCUGGCCGAGUCCUUGUGUGGCUCACCACACUCCUCAUAGGCUUUCCAUUGUACUUGAUGUUCAAUGUGUCCGGACACAAAUACGAGAGGUGGACUUCCCACUACGAUCCUCACAGCCCACUCUACUCGGACCGUGAGCGCAAGGAAAUCAUUAUCUCUGAUAUUGCCAUUCUUGCUGUCAUUUACGGACUAUACCAACUCGUGUUGGCCAAGGGAUUUGCAUGGGUGUUCUGUGUAUACGGAGGCCCAUUGCUGGUUGUUAACGGCUGGUUUGUGCUGAUCACCAUAUUGAACCACACUCACCCAUCACUGCCAUACUAUGACUCCACCGAGUGGGACUGGUUGAGAGGAGCUCUUUGCACUGUGGACAGAGAUUACGGAAUCCUGAACAAGGUGUUCCACAACGUAUGCAAUGCUCAUGUCUGUCACCACAUUUUCUCCAUGAUUCCCCAUUAUCACGGACUCGAAGCCACAGAAGCCAUGAAGCCAAUAUUGGGAGAGUACUAUCAGUAUGAUGGAACUCCGAUCCUUAAAGCAAUGUACAGAGAAAUGAAGGAAUGCAUUUACGUGGAGAAGGAUGAAGGGGAGACUAAGGGAGUCUACUGGUACAGAAACAAGUUUUAAAGUAAACCAAGAGGCAUAAUAAAUUGAAUCUGCAUUUAGUUACUUGGUUUGUAAGCCAAUAUAGACAUCUUUGUUGUUUUCGUAUGAAAUAAUUCGGCAGCACGUACUCGAGAACACUAAGGUUGUAGCUGUGAAUAUGAUAUCAAUUGUACGUGUUCCGAUAUAUCUAAUAUAAUCAGCACUGCAUGGCUGCAGCCUGCAAAAUGUUACCUUCUCUAA